GGUGCUGCAGCUCCUUCCUGCCCUGUUCUCCACUCGUAUCCACGGGCUUUUCCCAUGAAGCUUCAUCGCUUCCACUGCUGCGAUGUGACGGGAAGAAACACGCAGUAACCACCAGCGAUGUCCAUCCAGUGAGUGAAACCCUCCCGUCGGUACCCUCAGCCCGUGUACCCGGCUUGCAUGGCUCUGUGUCGGCCGGCCGGACAAUAGCCAGCCCGCCUGCCCGCUGCAGCAGGAGCAGCAGCAGCAGCAGCUUCUUCUCCUCCUCCUCCUCCUCCUCCUCCUUCUCCUCCAGCCGAGGGAGCUUUCUGAGUGUUCCUGCCCAGGAUCCCUGCAGCACUCUCCGCCGCUCCAAAUGGCUGGACACGAGUGGGAAGACUGGUUCGAGCGGGAGGAAUUUAUCGGACAGAUCAGCGACAUCCGAGUGCAGAACCUGCAAGUUGAAAGGGAACUGGUUCAGAAGAGGACCUUCACCCGAUGGAUGAACUUGCAUUUAGAAAAGUGCAACCCGCCUAUUGAGGUCAACGACCUUUUCCGGGACAUACAGGAUGGACACAUCCUCAUGGCCCUGCUGGAGGAGCUCUCUGGCUGCAAGCUGCUUCAUGGGUUCAAGAAGUCCUCCCAUCGUAUUUUCAGACUCAACAACAUCGCCAAGGUCCUGUCUUUCCUGGAGGAGAGAAACGUAAAGCUUGUCAGCAUCGAUGCAGCUGAUGUGGCUGAUGGAAACUCCUCCAUCAUCUUGGGACUCAUCUGGAACAUAAUCCUCUUCUUCCAGAUUAAGGAGCUCACUGGGAACAUCAGGAGCCAGUUCCCAUCCUGCUCCAGCCUAUCAUCCAUCCCUACUAGCUCUGACUCUGACACCUCCUACUGCAACACCCCUUUAGAUGAAAGACAGUCGGCAUCCACGGCCAUGCGAGAACACGGCAAGGCCAUUAAGAAACUGCUGCAGUGGGUACAGAAGCGAACACGCAAGUAUGGUGUGGCAGUGCAGGACUUUGGGAAGAGCUGGACAAGUGGUCUGGCCUUCCUUGCUGUCAUUAAGUCCAUUGACCCCAGCCUGGUGGACAUGAGGAAGGCACUGCUGAGGACUGCCAAGGAGAAUUUGGAGGACGCCUUUAGGAUAGCCCACUACAGCCUGGGUAUCCCACGCCUACUGGAGCCUGAGGAUGUGACCAUCAAUGCACCAGAUGAGCAAUCCAUAAUGACUUAUGUGUCACAGUUCCUGGAGCACUUUCCUGGCAUAGAGGAGCCGGGGGAGCCCUGCCAGCUGAUUGAACGAAGUAUCUCCAUGGGCCGACUCAACUUCCGAGACAGUGACUCCAACCACAUCAGAAAUGGCGCUCACCGAGGCAGGGUGAAGGAGAGGUCCUACAUGUUCCAGAGAGCCUCUGCCCACCCCCCACCCAAAAUCUUAAUUUCCUCUGUGUCGGAAGACAGGAGCGCCAUGUCACCCCGAGUCAGGCCGGCCGCAAAACGCUCGUGGUCCAGUGAGGACUUCUUAGCAGAUCCCCCCCACGUGGAAGACAUUUCCAGUAGUGUGGCUGAAGAGCCCAAAGACUCUGCCAGUGAGGUGCUAACCAGCUCAGCCUCCACUUCCCCACAGCUGUCUUACACUAACUUGCCCACAGGCUCAUCAGCGCCCGAGUCUGUAAACACUGAGUCACUAAUUGGCGACUCAGCAAUCAGCUCACCGGACUCCUGGGUGGACAGUGACUUUGGGGGGAUGCCAGAGAAGUUUUGUGAAAGCCGAAGUGACAGUUCUUUGUGUGACAGUGGAACAGCCUGGGACGUGUAUCGUGCCACCCCUGUGGAGGUCACAGCUUUUGAUGAAGGGUUUGUUCCAUCCACAGAGGAUAGAGCCCCGGAUGAGCAGUCGAUUACUGAGUCAUAUAUUGAUGAAGGGAUUUACUCACUGAGCUCAUUGGAGAGCACCCAGGAGAGAAUCCAAGGGCAUUCUGAGAAAAAGCAAGUGGAAGUAGUAAAAGAGAAAGAGACAAACCUCGAGAAGAACAACCAGGACAUAGACCUAGGAAAGGCACCUGAUCAAAGCAAAGCUGAGAAUACAAAAGACGUAGACUCUAAACAAAAGGAUACAAGUCAGAGCAGAAAGCCAGAACCUUCUGUAGGACUGUGUGAUGCAAAAGAUCAGACCAACUCUGGUGUUGAAAAUCUCCUUGAAGCUGACAAAUCUAACCAAUCCCAACCCAAUGGAACCAGUGUUGAAGAGAGCACUUACAAAGAACCGGAAGGUUUAAAGAAAGCUGUGGACUUAAUUGGGGAUGCACAGGACCACGAAGGAAAUAAUAAUGGUCAAACUGAAAGUCAGAACAAGAGAAAUAACACUGAGUUUAAAGUGGAAACUGAAUGUCAGAAAAAACAUUCUUUGUCAGGGGACAGAAGAGGGGAGUCAAGAGAGGAGUCAGAGAUUUUAAAGAAAAAGGGUGAAAAGAAAGAUGAAGCAAGUGAAGGAGUUCUAAGAGACGACCUAGAUCAUCAAGAAAGCUUUAGUUCAGAGACAUUAGCAAACACACAUCCAAACAACCAAGACAGAGUUUCAAAAACAAAUCUGGACCCGAGCACAAGCACAAAUAUUCCUCUGAUCUCUAUUUCCAGUGAGCCAGAAAAGCAGGACAGAGAGGGGUUGUGUGACCCAGAAAGACAAGCCCAUGCUGGGGAUGAUGAGGUACAUCAGGCAGUGGGAACUGACACAGAUGUCAGCAGCCCUCAAAACCUACAUGAAGUGAGCUGUGACUCCAAUGACAACGUUGACAAAACCUCUGUUGAGAUUUCUUCCUGCUUGGUAUCAGAAAAUGUUGAACCGACAGAAAGUGGACAUUUAGAUGAACAUGGUAUCAGCAGAUCAUCAAAUGCAGACAUAUGUGGGCCAGACAGAAGCGAUAACAUGGAAAUAAAUGGAGCCAAACAGGAAUGUAAGUCUGCUCACCACGACUCUCAGACAAGUAAGACUGGGACGGACUUGCCUCCUCAGACUUCUUCUGCGGAUGCUAAAUCUCAACCUGUCAAUACUGAGCAGGAAAUAGACUCAAAUGAUCAACCAGAUGGACACCUGGACAAACUGGGUGGCACCUUUUCUGACAACUCGAAACCCAAUGGCACAACAGGGAUUUUAUGUAGUAUGUCUAGAGACAUGGACUUGUUUUAUACAGACUUUGAUCAGAAUUCUGCCUCAGAGGAUCUAGUUGGUGACCCUGUUGAACCCAUGGAUCUGUUCUACCCUGACAAAGAGGAGCCCAUGUUUGCAGAGCCACCUGACACUGAAAUGCAGAGUUGGCCUUCAGUUUUGAGUGUAUCUGCUCUCCAGCCAGCACCAGCUUCAGAGAUUCAACCUGACCAACCACUCAUCCCGUUGGAUGAAGACUUCAGGAAUGGACUGAAUUCAAAUGACAAGGUGAUCAGUAAGACCAACCUGGAGACAGACAAAGCAUCUAAAUCCCAGGAACACUGUUUGUUGCCUGGAAAGAAGAUAGAAGGACUCUGGGGUGCUGAUGCUCCGGCAGACGACCGUGAUCUCAGUGGGGCUGAGCAACAUAUCUCAGGCUCUGCCAGGGAAAACACAGAGCCUGUGAGGUGUGACAGUAAAAGUUCCAGCAGACAGGAUGAAAACCAGAUCCCUCCAGUUCUCCGCCACAGAAAGGGGGCUCGCUUCACUCAGUCCAUGGACAAUCAGACAGCUAUGACUGCAGCAACCAGAGACGCUGACAAUGCUGACUCUGAUUUUUGGUGGAAUGAGAACUCGGAGCUGUAUCUGCUGUUGCUGCUGUGGCUGCUGCUGUACUGUUUCUGGCUGCUGCCACAGAUGGACCUGAAGACACUGCCCAGCCUGCUGCUGAACCUCAACCACUGAACACACACUUUCUCUCUUACACAAACACACACACACACACACAUACAAACAUAGUUACAAGAAAAAAAACAGAAUUUUGUCAGAUAUAUAUACUUUGAUGCACCAUCACCAAACAUGUACACAAACACACACAUACAGCUCAACUGCCACUCUUCUUUCUGCAUCACACUGACUGUACUCCAGAUCAAGUGAAGGCAUUUAAAACAUGUUUAUUUCAAACUACUAGAGCUUUCUUAGGUUUUUGCUUUUUAGCUUUUGAUGUGGCUUGAAGUAAUCUGUACAACAGUGUGUCAGGGUCACUGCUGGGGAAAAAAUGAAGUCUGAGAUUUGAAAUAAAACAUUAUAAUACUUUGAAAAGAAAAUAUGAUAUCAAGACAAUAAAAUAGUAAUUUUACAAGAUCAAAAGUCAUAAUGUUCCAAGUCUAAAGUCAUAAUGUUAUAUAGAGUCAUUAUUUUGAGGGAAAAAAAUGUGUUAGGAAAAUAAAGUAGUAAAUGAAAAAUGUCACAAUAUUACAACAUAAAAUGUUAACAAUAAAGUUGUGAGAUUUUGAGAAAAAAGUAAUAAUAUUUUGAGAGUUAAGUCGUAAACAAGGAAAAACCUUGUUUCAUUACAAGUUAGGUGUACUUGUAGAAAAGUGACACAUAUUUAGAAUAAAGUCAUUCUGUAUUGAGAAAAAAAUCAGUGUUAUGGAAAUACAGUUCUGAGGAAAAGUCAUAAUAUUACAAGAAAUAACUUCCUUGUUAAAUCAAGACACAUUCUCAUAAUAUGUCAAUUUAUUAGUAAACUACAACUUUAUACUUUAAUACUAAGACUUUUUUCUUAAAAAGUUUUAACUUUAUUCUGCAUACAUUAACUAUUUACUCAUGAAAUAAUAGCUUUAUUUGUGGAACAUAACUUUUCUUCAGUAUUACUAUUUUCCUCUUGUAACAUUGCCAUGUUUCUGAAAAUAUUCCAGUUUUAUUCUGAAAAUCUCCUGACCAUGGCCCUGAUAUCCUGUUGGAGCUCUGCUCCCGUUUUAAAGACACGACAGAAGUGUAGAAGCUAGUGGUUUAUUGCUGUGCAAAGCCGACAGAGCUGACAUUGUAAGACAAUAUGACUGUACAGCACUCUGUGAUUUGUAGAUAGACAUAUAUACUAUGGAUUUAUCUGAAUAGCCAUUUAACCAAGAUGAAGAUGUUAAAAGUAAAAGUACUUUAGGCUGAUAAUAAAAACUGGAGAUAGUGGAGCUGAAGCAGGAAAAUGAAAAUAAGAAUAUAUAUGAUACAGCCGGGCUUUUUGAGCAUAUAUACCUGUACUAUUGUAAAGAUAACUCAUCAGUAUGAAUGAAGGGGAAUUUUGAUCUGUUGCACUUUUGGAAAAUAAUAAAAACUGCCAAAGAUAGUGGUGGAAGUGCUCAUACAGAAAGUACACAGCUCACCAUAAGCUCAGUAAUGGAGAUGUUUUUAACACAUACAAAGUCUAGUAUAACUCUACUCACCCCAGCUCUAUAUUGUAUAAUAGUUGAGGCAGAAUAUGUAUUUGUAAUAUUUUAUGGCUCCUAAUGGAUUUUUAAAAAGUUUUAUGACAAAGAAAUGUUUUAUGUGAUUGAGCUAUGCUUGAGCUUGUCCAUGGAAAGAGAAUGCUUUACAAUGAAAUAUCUUUCUACAUGUUAUUUUUGAACAAUGUCUGCAAUGAAGCACUAUGACAAAGCAAGCAUCCUUCAUUUGAUCAUUCUUCCACACCAGCUGACCAGGUCUCUGUUAACUCUGGAUACAAAUACAGCUCCUCCACCCACUGACUGUGGGGCAGCAAAAAGCAUUCAUUCCAGCUCAGUACAAAGUGGGUCAGCCCUAUAGCACACUGCAUUAUAAUCACAUCUCAAAGUGUGUGUGUGUGUGUGUGUGUGUGUGUGUGUGUGUGUGUGUGUGUGUGUGUGUUUUUGUACCUUUAUCCUUGUGAGAACUAGAGCUGUGUCCCAAUUCCAUACUAUUUACUAACUGUUGUCCUAGUAUAUGUUUUACCAGAACAAUAUAAAAAGUCUGUGUACUUUUGCACUGUUGGAAAAUUAUGCAAUAUGUGCACCAACAAACGUCCAUGAAUUUUUGGAAUACCACUGUCAAGUACCUUCAAAUUAAAAGUACUUAGUAGAACAACGAAUGCAAUACACUGAGAGAUUUGCUGACACUUUGAGUAUGGACUUUUCAAAACUGCUGAAAAUGGUAGCUGGACAGCAUUACAUUUCAAUUUAGUUAGAAAUUUUAAUGUCCAUGAUAUGGAAAGAUGUCUUUGGCUUUGCCUCUAUAAACAGUGAAUGACAAUAGAAACAGUAAAAACAUUGGAAGAGCUUCAAAAUAUAUUUGCUUCCACAAAUUAGCAGAGGUGGAACCAAGUCAUUGUUUUGCAAGUCACAAGUAAAGGCCCACACACACCAAACCAACAUCAAAGAACUAGUGGCAACAAAGGCUGACUGUUUUGUCGACCCAUGUUGCCUGUGUCUCGGCGCAAAAUUUUUACUUGAACACAUGGCAAAACUACAGCCAACAGCCCAAUAGCAUGCACAUACUGCACCAGCGUGAGAGGAAAUAACUUACCAUAGCAGCAGGCAGUGGAAGUCUAUAUUCGUCAUCAAAAGAGGGAAACUGGAAGACAGAUGAGAUGAAUUCAAGAUGCUAUAUAGCCAGUUAGCACAUCAACAACACAAAAUGAUAGUGAAAAAACAAAGGAUGUUUACGGUGCACUAUGGAACAAUAACAAAUAAUUAUUAACUGUUUCUGCUGAAUAGCUAAACAAGUUUGUUUCGAUCUCCUGCCCCUUGACUGUAGUUGUCAGUUUGCGUUUUUCACUUCCGUUUGUCCACCGAGCUGACCUGCCAAUCAGAGUGAUUUCCUUAACCAACAGGCUCUGCCAUCUCCGAUGUCAAAUCACCUUGCUUAAUCGGCCGGAAAGCCAACAGGGGCUGACCAGUGCCCACGCUGUGGGGCACACUGCAAAGACCAGGGCGACAGAUGCUAACCUACUGCCCAACACUGACCAACUGCCAACUGUUGGCUUGGUGUGUCAGGGUGUUAAGUAUCAAGUCUUUGUAUUCAAGUCCCAAGUCAAGACCCAAAUCAAUGCAGGCAAGUCCACAGUCAAGUCCCUUGUUAAGACAGGCAAGUCCCAAGUCAUGUCUCAAGUUCUAAAUUUUGUGUUUUGAGUCCUAAACAAGUCAUAAUGUGCUCUUCACCAUAAUGCCAUAAUAUUAACCAACUAAUGAUAUAUUCAAUUUACAAAAAUCAUGAAUGCUUUUUUAAUUUGUGUUUAGUGUCAAAACAAGUUGGUUGGAAGUUGCUGCGUCUCCAUCUGUAAUUUUUGGCCUGCACAUUUCGCAAUUACUUUUUCGUUGACCAUCGUAUUGUUUUUGUACCCGAAUGAAAUUAUCUUUGGUAUUAUUUUGUUAGUUUUUAAUGGUUCUCUCCUGCAACUUGACUGGAUGCUGUCGGAUAGGUUCAAACAAAGUGGAUGUUGGGAAUUAAAUGUUGACUUGCUGGGAAUUAAUGGUGUUAAUGUUAGUCGGUUCAGGAAAUGAAGGGAAAAUAAUUGAUUUGCAGCACACUUUAAAAAAAAAAAAAAACACUUUUUAAUCUGUGGGUUUGGGGGAAGGUAUUAAGUAUUUUCAAGUCAAAGGCUCAAGUACUUGGUCAUUGGUAUUAGAGUCUGAGUUGAUUGCAAGUCAUUUUUGACUUUGUUAAGUCAUCAAAUUUGUGACUCAAGUCUUACUCAAGUCCAAGUCAUGUGACUCGAGUCCACACGUCUGCAAAUUACUUUAUAAAUGUACUGUCUAGGGGACAGGCUUGUAAACAUCAGCUGGGCUCAGUCUGCACAUUGAUUCAGCUGGAUAGACUACAUACUUGGUAUUUAGUGUGGAAACAGGACACAUCUUUGUUUGACAGGAAUUUUAGUCAGUCGUCACUUCAACCAAGGGCUAGUUUAGUUUUCAGUUGUAUCUGCAGCUGUAAUUAGUCAUGCUAAAAUUAAAACAUAUUCAUGUAUCAUUUGGAUGGUGACAAAACAAAGCUGGUGAUUGUGAGAUAUGUUCCUCUGUCAAACCUGGCUAUGUUGAGAUCAAAACAUGAUGAUUACAAUCAUCUCAUGAUCCCAGUUUUUAAAAAAAACA